AUGUCCGAGUCCAAGUCGUGCUUCAAGUUGGUCCCACUAGUAGUACUGGUUCUCCAAGUCAGGCUGCCAGUGGUACUAGUACUAGUAGUACUGACUCGGACAGGUCGUGCUCGGAGCUCCUGGAUCCUAUUACAGGAGAGUGUUGAAGUCAUUGCGGCCACCUCUCGUUCAAGUUUGGAAGUUAAGGAAAAUGAAGGAGCUGCCACUGUCACAACUCCGAGUCCAAGUCUGACUUGGUGGAGGAUGAGAGAUGAUCAGAAAAAUGAUAUGGUGGAAAGUCGCCAAGUCAUACAAGCUCAGCUUGAAGCCUCUCGUACAGCAGCUGGUACUACUAGUACCUGUCAGAUUCGCAAGAGGAAGAGGAUUGACAGUGUCGAUGCCAACUUGAAGCCGCUGUAUUAUUGUGAUGCUGAAAAGCAGAACAUAUUGCUAUCUCCCAGUCUAUCAAGCCAUCCGCAGGGAGAAAAUGAGCACUGA